UUCCCCUUAUUUGCCAAAAAAAUUUCUAGAAUGGUCGACAAAUUAAGAAAUAGUGAAGCAAAUACACGCCGAAUUGAAAAUGUAGAGGCUUGUUUUGGCAGUUCUGGACGAAAGUUACUUGAGACUGGAAGAGUUUUGAUUGGUGAAGGAAUUUUGAUUAAAAUAUGCAGGAAGAAGCCAAAAGCCCGACAAUUUUUUCUUUUUAAUGAUUUGCUUAUUUAUGGCUCAAUAAUUAUUAACAGAAAACGUUAUAGCAAUCAACAUAUUAUCCCUCUUGAGGAAGUUAAACUCGAAAAUAUUGAAGAUGAGGGGGAUGCAAGGAAUGGCUGGUUAAUUAAGACUAGAAUAAAGUCAUUUCUCGUCUACGCUUCUACACCUUCAGAGAAACGUGAAUGGAUGUUGCAUAUUGAACGUUGUAUUCAAGAUCUUCUAAAAGAAGGCAGACUGCCCCCCUCUGACUAUGCGGCAUUAUGGGUGCCUGACAAAGAAGCUGUUAAAUGCAUGUGUUGUCAUACAAGUCAUUUCACUGUAAUACAGCGACGUCAUCAUUGUCGAGCGUGUGGCAAAGUUGUUUGUAGUAGUUGUUCAUCUAAAUCAUUUAUGUUGGAGGGAAUUAGCAAGAAACCUGUUCGAGUCUGUGACACGUGUUAUAAUAAACUUUGCCAAGGAAUGAGUCCUAAACCUGUUGCUCCUUUAGGACAAUUAGUUGGAGGAGGGGAAAAUUCAUUACGAACUAGAGAUUCAUCACCAAUAAAUGCAAAUGAUUCGUCUGAUUCUGAUGGUGAAGAGCCGUUGCAACAACAAAAUGACUGGGAAAGGGCACAUGAUGAGGUAUUAAAUUCUUAUUUCAAAAAGAAUUGUUGGCGAACUAAUACCUGUGGAUUGUAUCCAAGAGGGAGGGCUGGGGGGAGCUAG